GAGCAUACCACCACUCAAAACAAAACCCUCUAAAAACCCAGAGGCAGAGGAGAGAAGCCAUUUCCUUCAUCAAAAAAAUGCAUCCUCCUCCACAAGCUCUCUCUCCCCUUUCCUUUCCUCUCCUCUCUCCGCUCCCUCCUUCCCUCUCCUCCAAGUCCACACCAACCACAAAAAUCCCUACGUUUUUCUUCCCCAAACUAUCCCUAACCAUUCCCAAAUUUCCCCUCCACGUCCUCCAUUGUACUCCAAAACCCACACAACAAGAACAACAAAUACUCCAAUUCGUAGCCGACUCUAAUGACAAUACUCUCCCUUGUGUCAGAACCUUCGAGAACGACUUGGCCCGGCUAAGCCUAGUCGGUUCCGUCCGCUUCGACCAAGCCCUUACUGCCGCCGCCUCCGAUGGUGGCCGUGCCGCCUCUGAACACCUUGACUCCGGCGUCCCUGCAAUGGUUGUUGAGACUGUCUUCCCUGGCCCCGCCGAUGAGCACGCUACCGUCUCCACUCGCUUGUUUUUGCCAGCAAAGAAAGUUAAGGAGAAAGCAAUCAGACUGAAAAGGUCUUUCAAGGAAGAUGUUCUGUCAGGCACCAUGUCUCAGAACAUUCUUUCAAUGACAUUUAGACAAGUAGUUUUGCAACAGAUAUGGAACUUUGAGCUCGUUUUGUUCAGACCCGGAACAGAAAGAAACAUGAAGGAUCUUGAAAACCCGAGAGAGCAGGUUCCUGCUUCCUUCUUUCUCGGUUCAUCAGAUGAACAAGUUAUAUCUCUGCUCGCAGAAGCUGUUUGCAUUGCUGCUCUUCAAAACACUGAAAGGCUUUUCCUUGAUGAUUUUAUGGGGAAGGGUCCUGGUGGUUUUUUUAGCUGGCUCCGGAAGCCUCAAAGAAUUGUAUCAAGAGAUUCCUCGGUUGUCAUUUAUAAGUUGUUCGAAGAUGAGAUCGUUGAGAAUGCUAAGAGUUUGCUUGAGAAUUUUAAUUCAAGUAAGGAUAGAUUUCAGGGAAUAAAAGUGAAGCGCAAGUAUAAAUGGUGGACUCCUUUAGCACACUCUAAGUUGGAAAAAAUUGGUGGUCCUGAGUUCAGUGCUUGGACAAGCGAGCAUGUACCUGCUUAUAGGCUACAGAUUGAUGCUGAUAAAGUGAAGGAUGCAAAAUUUGAAGGGUGGAGAGAAUCUUCAGGGAAUAGGUGGGAAGUACUUUUGACCCACUCCCAAAUGGUUGGAUUGGCUGAAAUAUUUGAUAUGUACUAUGAAGAUAUAUAUACAAUGCCCAACGAAGAGUUAUCAUGUGGUGUUGUUUCAAAUUUCACCAAUUUGUCCAAAAAAAAGAGGAGCUCUUCUUUGAUGAAUGUCUUGUCAGUGACACUUGUAAGUGGAAUUUUCCUCAUCAGCAUCAGUGCUCUUAGUCAGUUUUGCCUUCCUCAUCUCCGCAAAGGACGAACGUAUGCUCAAGAAAAUAGUUCUCUUCCAUCAUCAGAAAUUCAGUUUGCAGAAAAUGAAUCUCUGGAUGCUGCAAAGUUACAAGAAUUUUGCAUCUUGAUUUGCAAAAAGAUGAAGGAUUCUUUUGGCUGGCCUGGUGAUAUAGUGACAGAUAAGAAGAUUGGUGCCUGGAUUGGUGAAAUACCAGCUUACUUCAAAACGAUGGAUGAAGCUGAUGCUGCUAGUGAAGAAAAUUCAACUGAUUUUACCCCCAUACAGAAGAUUGAUGCAGAUCUGAAAUCAUCUGCACAGGAUAUUGCUAGUUAUCAGGUGGUUUUGUCAACUGAUGGGAAAAUUGUCGGUUUCCAACCUACAAGCGGGGUCGGUGUGAAUCAUUGGGCAGCCAAUCCCCUAGCAAAGGAGCUUUAUGGUGGACGAAAUUUAUCCCCUGGAUUUAUUGAACCUGGCCUCAAGAUCCACUUCCCGAAUGAGGUAAUUUUGAUAGAGCUGUUGGUGUCAGUUAAUUCGGAUGCCAAUUUUGCUUUGGCGAGGCCAGUUCGAUGAAGUAUAUUGCUCAAUGGAUGUAUGAUGUGUAUAGUUCAUGCAGCUUUUGGAAACAAAUGUAGGCCUAGAGAGAAAAGGGAAGAUAAGUAGAUUAGAUCAUGCAAAUUUUAUGCCAAAUUUUGCACAGAUGUGUGAUCAACCUGACAUAAUUAUGCAAAAUUUAGGGGGUUGUUCAAACUUUUUAGUUCCAGGUAAUGGUGCUGAAAUGAACUACAUGAGAAAAACUUCUAAUAAAGAACUUUGAAUUGCAAUUUCUUAGCAUGUGUUUAUUGUAAAUUAUUUUUAU